AUGGAGCUGAAGUCCCCAGACUCCCCUGGGACCAUGGGGGCUCAUUGGUCAGCCAUGAAGUUGGGAACCCCACGCGCUGGGAGUCUGGCACGGCUCCCGGGUUCUUGGGCAGGUUACCCCUGUCCCUGCUUUCUUCUGAAAUCGAGGAGGGUGGGCUUCCGUGGCUUCCCAGUCCUCGCGCUGCCGCUUGGAGUCCGAGGGGCUGGUCGACACCCAGGAGAUCUGGGAGACGCAGCCUGGGACGGCGCGAGGCAGCUGAUCCACCAGAGAGCAAGACAGGUUAAGAGAUAUAAUUACGACUUCGCAAACUGGCUCCCGAGCGCGGGAGACGCGCUGACAGGUCUGCGCGGGGCUGCGCCCGGCUCCUCUGGCUCCGCUAGACGCUUUGUCUGCACGGCCCGUCAGAGACACGCGGUCCCUUCUCAGCCCCGGCUCGGCCCACACUGCAAUUUAACUGUCAGCCGCGUCCCGGCUCCGGGCUCGAGCGCGGGUGCCGCGGGGUGGGUGACAGAGGGGGAAGCCGGACCCGGAGGGGAGGCGGAGGGAGGGUCUGACCGGCCCAACGCUGCUGGGCCCGGAACCCCAGGGCGGGAGUUCCAAAAUCCGGUCCCACCAGGGGCUCCUUUGAAGGGCGUCUACACCGCAGGGUCCGGGAGGCGCAGCGGUCGGGGAGCCCAGAUUUAUUGCCCGCGUCCGAAGUGGUGCUUUUGA